UUAUUACCCAGAAAGUAUAAUUUAAUUUCACAGCGCUCCACUCCACACUCUCAUCAGUCUCAGAGGCCAUGACUCUGCAACUCCAAGCUCCGUCGUUCGGCGCCAGCAUUGCGUCCUUCGUUUCUCCUCUCAACCGCUCCACGCGCCGCCCUGUAAUCAUAGCUAAUGCGGAGCCGUCAGAUAAGUCUGUUGAAAUCAUGAGGAAGUUCUCUGAGCAGUAUGCUCGCAAGUCCGGAACAUAUUUCUGUGUCGAUAAGGGAGUUACCUCUGUUGUUAUCAAGGGAUUGGCAGACCAUAAAGAUUCAUUGGGAGCUCCGCUGUGCCCUUGUCGGCAUUAUGAUGAUAAACCUGCCGAGGCAGGCCAAGGCUUUUGGAACUGCCCAUGUGUUCCUAUGAGAGAGAGGAAGGAAUGCCACUGCAUGCUCUUUCUCACUCCGGACAAUGAUUUUGCCGGACCGGAACAGACAAUCUCCCUGGAAGAGAUCAAAGAAUCAACAGCAAACAUGUAAUAAGCUUUAGUGCGUAUUAACAAGCAUGUGUAAACAGUCCACUUCUGUAUUUGUAAAAGAAAAAAGAAAAAAAAAGCUCAUAUUUUGAAUC